CCACACAAGAACGGUGUGAUCUACGGAUUAAUUCAGUCCGGCCUUUUUCCUUCUGGGCAUUUGGGGAUGAUGGAUCGAAGAGGGGCAGGAUUGAGAUGAGAGGAGAAAUCCCUUGGUGGACUGCCAGGUUGUUGACCAGCACCAGCCUAUUUGUACCGUGUUUUUCCCCUCUCUUUUGUUGCAUCUAGCUUGCCAACCAUUUGUACGUUCGCUUUUCUACUGUCAAGUUUUGGGUUUUGGGCUUGUUGCCACGUUCUUUAACCAUGAUGUUGUUGCGAAGUUUUGCAGUUCUCCUUCUGGGACCUGUUGCUGCUGUCCAUGCUUUGACGUACAAAGGUGUGGAUUGGUCCUCAACUUUGAUGCUGGAGAAUUCUGGAAAGACUUUCAAGACUAGCUCUGGUGCGACGCAGCCUUUCGAGAAGAUUCUCAAGUCAAGUGGUGUGAAUACUGUCCGGCAACGAUUAUGGGUCAAUCCUUCCGAUGGGGUCUACAACUUGGAUUACAAUAUCAAGCUUGGGAAGCGGGCUGUGGCUGCUGGAUUGAAUGUCUACCUUGAUUUGCAUUACAGCGACACUUGGGCGGAUCCUGCUCACCAGGUAAGUUUUUGCUCUGAGGAUAUUUGAAAGAUAGUCGAAGGUAAACUGCUAACUUUCAUAGACCACACCCAAAGGUUGGCCAUCAAACAUAAAUGACCUCGCAUGGGAAGUCUACAACUACACCCUCGCAAGCUGCAACUCCUUCCAAUCAAACGGCAUUCCCCUCUCCAUAAUAUCCAUCGGCAACGAGAUCACAGACGGCAUGCUCUUCCCCCUGGGCAAAAGCGCCAACGCCUACAACUUCGCGCGCCUCCUCCACUCCGCCUCCUCGGGCGUAAAAGACUCGAACCUAUCCCCCAAGCCCAAGAUCAUGGUGCAUACUGACAACGGCUGGAACUGGGAGACGCAGAAAUGGUUCUACACCCUGAUCCUCAACCAAGGCGUCUUCCUCAACACUGAUUUCGACAUGAUCGGGCUCUCCUACUACCCCUUCUACAACGCCAACGCGCAGCUCGCAAACAUCAAAUCGAGCAUGGUGAACAUCGCCAACACGUUCAAGAAACAGGUGGUUAUUGCCGAGACGAAUUGGCCGGUUUCUUGCUCGAAUCCUUUGUAUCCGUUCCCGAGCGAUACCUCGUCUAUUGCUAAGAGCGUAGAUGGACAGACGAGUUGGAUGAAGACUGUUGCUGCGGCUGUGGCGGCGGUGCCUUCUUCUUUGGGGGCGGGCAUCUUUUAUUGGGAGCCGGGAUGGGUCGGGAAUGGGGGACUUGGAAGUAGUUGUGCGGACAACUUGAUGGUGGAGAAUAAUGGGAAUGCUAGGAGUAGUUUUUCGGUUUUUGGAUCGAUUUAGGGGGGCCAAAGGGUUAGGUUCUAUCUUCCUCUUCUUCCGUAUAUAUUUUUGGUGAUGAGUUGUAUGUAUUAUGUAAAUAGUCUGGCUAACGUCACUGAAGCCUGAAGAAGCUUAAGCGAGCGAAAAGAAUAUAAACAUAUGGUACCUGGCUGAAAAGCUCAGAGAAACAAAGACUGUUUAUUAUUUGAUUCCAUGGAGGAGAAGGA